AAAAAAAAUUAACAGUUAUUUGAAAUUAAAAAAAAAAAACUAAAUAAUUAUUUACUAAUAUGUCAUACAUAACACUUGGAUGUAAUACAAACCAACAUUUAGCAGCAGUCAUGUACUUUUGUCUGUCUCCGGUUGAGGAAGCUUUUUUGUUGUUGGUGUUGAUCGUCAUCUUUAUCAGUUCAUUGGGUUCACCAGCAACCAUGUAGAUCUUCACUUCUCCUUAAGAAUUCAGAGAGAGUGAGAGAGUGAGAGAGAGAGAGAGAGAGAGAGAGAGAGAGGACAUAGAGAGAGAAUGGAAUUUGACGAGCACGAAGAGCAAGACGAGGAGAUGGAGUUGCAGGCGGCGCCACCAGGUUACGCCUCUGUUGCGGCGAGUUCCAGGCCCAAAAUGGGGCCCACAGGAGAGGGGGCUGCCCCCAGCGCUCGAAAAAGGGGAACCGCCGCAACACCCAACUCCACCACGACCACCACUGCCGUAUCCGCCAUGGUCAGGUACAGAGAGUGCCUCAAGAACCACGCCAUCGGCAUCGGCGGCCAUGCCCUCGACGGCUGUGGGGAGUUUCUCGCUGCGGGAGACGAGGGCACCCUCGAUGCCUUAAAAUGCGCCGCCUGCAAUUGCCACCGCAACUUCCACCGCAAGGAGCCCGAGGCCGAGUUAAUUCAUCACCAACAGGGUGCCGGUGGGUCCCACCUCCUUCACCACCACCACCAUCCGCACCAAUUCUCCUCAGGCUACUAUCGCCCGCCGCCACCUUCUGGCUAUCUGAUCACCUCGCCGCACGCAAGGCCGACACUGGCCUUGCCUGCUGCAUCAGGCGGCGGCGGAGGGUCUCAUAGUAGGGAAGAGGGAGAGGACGUGUCGAAUCCUAGUUCGAGCGGCGGUGGAGGCGGAGGAGGAUUCGGGAUGAGCAAGAAGAGACACCGGACAAAGUUCACGCAGGAGCAGAAGGAGAAGAUGCUGGAGUUCGCGGAGAAAGUUGGGUGGAGAAUUCAGAAACAUGACGAAGCAGCGAUUGAGGAGUUUUGCUCGGAGACCGGAGUGAAGCGCCAUGUGUUCAAGGUUUGGAUGCACAACAACAAGCACACUCUUGGUAAGAAAUUAGUGCCCUAAUUAACCAAAUUUUAUUCCAUUUAAUGCCUACUUAGUUUUACUAGGUAGCUAGCUCAGAGAAAAGAGAGGUCUUGCAGUGUACUAAUUACCCAGUUAAUUAAUUAAAUUAUGAUCGUGUUAUGAUUAA